AUGGAUUGCAUCAACAUGUUGAGUUGGAAUGUUAGGGGAUUAAACAAUAAGAAUAAGCAGCAAGCAGUCUUAGAUGUUUGCAGGUGGAGUAAAAUUGGCCUUGGAGCUUUGAUUGAAACAAAACUAAAAGGGGACAGAUUAAGGGAUUUUAUGAACUCAUCUUUUGCUGGCUGGAAUUGUUAUAGUAGUUCUGUGGUGGAGGGGCAUAUUUUGCUCAUUUGGAAAGCUCACUUGAUGAAGGUUAAAAUUAUUCAGGAGAAUACUCAGCUGCUACAUUACAGAGUUAAUAUGCUUGGUGGGAAUCUGGCUUAUUGUCUCUUGGUAGUCUAUGGCUCUAACCAAUUGGAAACAAGGAAAUCUUUAUGGUCUGACUUAGCUACUGUUCAGAGACCGGUUAACCCUUGGAUUAUAAUGGGAGAUUUUAUUGCUGUCUUCCAUGUUGAUGAUCGUAUUGGUGGAAGACAUAUUUCUGUUAAGGAAAUGGAGGAUGCUCGUCAAUGGUUAGCUUUGAGAGAGGCAACUGAAAUGAAGACUUUGGGUCCUAAUUACACUUGGUCUAAUAAGCAAGAUGGAGGAGCUCAUAUUUUCUCCAAAUUAGACAAUGUCUUUUCUAAUGGAAGCUGGAUUGAUACCUUCCCGUUAGCUGUAGCAUAUGCUCAAUGGGAUGUGGAGAGCAAAGCUAACUACCAGCAAGCCCAAAGUUAUCUUUGUUCUGAUCCUUCAAAUACCAAGUUACUAUCAAAAGAAAAAGCAGCUCAGCAGGAUUACUUCAGGCAUGAGAAGAUUUAUGCUAGUUUUCUUCGUCAAAAAAGUAAGAUUACUUGGCUUCGUUUUGGUGAUGAAAACUCCUCGUAUUUUCACACAAGCUUGAAACAGAGGCAGAUCUCUAAUCACAUUGUAUCUUAUAUUGAUGAUAAUGGUCGUUUUGUGGAUGAUUAUGAUAAGGUUGUUGACUAUUAUUUUCAAUAUUUUAAGAAUCAUUUGGGUACUACUAACAAGGCUACAGGUCAAAUUGCUUCUGACUGUAUUAAGCAUGGUCCUGUUCUGAGUUUGGAUGACUAG